AUGCAGAAGAUCAGGAGUCUUCCGAAGCGGCAAUCUUGCGACCGAUGCCACAAGCAAAAACUACGAUGCCUGCGCCCAUCCAACGGUGAGAGCGGGGCAUGCGAGCGCUGUAAUCGUUUGAAGACACAAUGUAUCUACAGCGCAAGCCUACCCAAGGGUCGACCCAGAGGAGCGAGAGGGACUGCUUCAGUCACCCGAAAGCCUACUGAGUGCAGUGAAGAGGGAUUUACUGCUGGACACUCGGCUGUUGAUGCGGAGAUGGUCACAAAUGUAGUGCAACAUCCGGACAGCACGAACACCGACAUGUGGAAUGAUUCGAUGCCUGUUGACUGGAUGGAUCAUAUUGACAACACUUUUACGGACCCAGUGCACUGGCAUUUUGAUCUUCCGAGUCUUGACAAUGAGAAUGAAAUGUCUAGCUACAACACAGUGGAAUCAUCGUUCAUAUCGUCUGAAAUCAUCCACAACAGACCUGAGGCGCAGAUAGACCAAGACGCAGUCCGAGCAAAUUCCCACCAGACUACUCCUCCAAAGAAGGUCGAACCUGAGAGCGCAAUCGCCAUCUUAUCUCGACUGAGCCAAUACCUAUACUCUCUAUAUAGUGCAGUUCUCGAACUUGCCAAUUUCCCAGAUGCAAUCGACCAAGCGGAUACUGCAGCUCUCCGAAAAGGACCGUUUGCAGAUGACUCUGCAUUUCAAAGACUGACUAGUUGGCUUGUGCGUGCUUCUUCCAACAUAAAUGCUUCAUCUGUCAGUGCCGCCGAGCAGGAAUCGAAAACACCCGCAGCCACUGAUGACGGCUGCGCUCUUCUUGAGAACGUGUUCUCGGCCUCUCAGAAACUUAUUGACACUCUUCACUCUCUUAGUGAAGAAGCUUCACGACUUGAUCCAGCACCACAAAACAGACCAGUGCCAGGAGAAUUGGACCAACAUACGGACACAACUGGCAGGGUUCCUGGCGACGAUGGCCAUCCUGCUGGUGGGCCCUCUGUAUCGUCGAACCAUUGGUCAGACAGUAUCAUCAGGCAUAUGGUCAUGGCCAAUCAUAUGCUUCUCUUGAACACAUAUCUCGCUGCUGUGAUGGCCCUGCAACAUGCGGUGAACAAGCAGAAGUCAGCCAGUGAGAGUCCCAAUGCACAGGAUUUUUCUCUUCCGCUCGGAGAAAUGCGUACAGCUAUGGUAGCACAGAUGUGCGGCUACCUGAUGCAGCGUCAAGUAAAUGCUGUGCAAGUAUAUCUUGCUCCUCCAGAUUCUCUAUCACUCUCAACAACGGGUUCCCCUGACCAUACAGCGAUGAGAGGGUUGGAAAAGGAUGUUCAAGAACGCCUUGCGCGGUUGAAAGGAUCGCUUCCUGGGUGA